CGAGUUUACGCUUCAUCCUUCAUAAAAAUAAACUAUACCAAAGGCUUGAUGUAUAUCGCUGUUGACUUUAUUUUAGAUGUAACCUGGAGUGGCUUCAUCAUGACAUCUUUGGAUCCGUCGCCUUCUAUCAGCAUUAACUAUCUCUCAAAGAGGGCGUAGUAAACGCCAUCUUUAGACACGACGCAUACACAAUCGGCAUAUAAGAGAAGAGACCCUCUGGGAGAUAUGGGCUUUUUCUUCCAUCUGAUUGGUACGUUAGGCUUCCCCCCUUUCCUUAUUUUUCGGCCCAGGCUGCCACGAAUAUACCCUUAGUUCCCCAAGCAAAGCUUCGGCUUCGGUCCCUUUGACUUACUGGAGUGACUCGCAACGCCUUCAUUGCGCCUUCGUCGCUCUUUACACAUCCCAUUCAUUAUAGUUUCCUGACAACAUGGUCGAGAGACUCGUUUCAAUAUGUGCUUCAGGCGCUCCGUGCAUCCCCGCAGGCGAGAUUCUUGCCACAGCCACUGUAAGGGGCGUUCAGCCUAGGCAGACUGAGAUUGGCACCUUAGACCCCGGAGGACCGAUGAUACCAGCGACUCCUACGGCCUAUCCGGGUAAUAACAUGGAAACAUCAAGCUAUGAGAGGUCCAGCCCGAAUCCUAUUCCAACGUCAACCUCUAGCCCGCAACCUUCUCAGCGUGUUCAAACCAACCAAUCCACGACACAUACAUCAACUCUCAUAUCUUAUUCUACGGUGCCUCCCCUAGCUCUCACACCUCAAUCUACGACUCCCUUGAUCCCCACUAUCCUAGUACCAUCUGCGACCAGUGGAAGCUAUGCGACAGAGACAGAUUGGUCAUCCACGAGUGUGCACCCUUCAAAGCAGACUGGAGUUAACAGCUCACGUUCGCUACGACUGAGCUCUGGCGUUGUCGCGGCAAUCGUAGGAGUAGCCAGCAUAUUAGCGUUUGGCAUUAUUGCUGGCCUUCUUGUAAGAUCGCGUCGCCGGCGGAAACGGAACGAAGGUAUGAAAGCCGAGGACAUGGAGGCGCUUGCCGGUGCCAGAGCUUCAACGAUCGAGGCGCAACUCGGAGUAGGACUCGGGGGAGGCUCCCAAAACGUCCAGGCCGUACCGGGUACGUGCGAUGAUAAACAUAGGCCAAUUGAAGCUGGUACUACUGAAGCUGUCUUCGGAUUCCACUCUCCGUCCCAUGAUGACGAUUCGGAGCAACGUGAGGACUGGGAAUUUGCUAGUGCAGCUCCUGAUCAUCACCCACAGCCUAGCAGUGAGACCCAGUGCCCGAACGCAUCCAGAGCAGCACUCAACGAUCAUCACGAAAGUGAUCUUGAUUAUCUUUCAUUCCACACGACCCGCGCAUCUUCCUCGCGGCCCAACUCUCUCACCCCGCGUCCGCUACCACCAAUACCUCCCUCAUCUGUUCGUCCACAUAGCGACGCCACAAUUGGUCCUGUCGGCUGGCCAGCGCCCAUCGUUACAGAUUUCCGACGGGAAGCGGAGACCGAUGCGGAAAUGGCAGUUCGUACAGAAGAGUUAAGACCCUCCGACACUGAGGACUUUCGGAGAGAGAUAGUACGGCACCGGGGGUCCAGGACGGGUCUAUCGACGGCGCAUAGCCAAAGCUCGAUGUUCUCGUUUCCACCACCAAGCUACAGCUCCGCGAGGCCACCAACAUAUCAUCUUCCCGAUGAGGAAGUUCCGCCACUACCUAACCAGUAUCGAGCAGGCGGUGGUGACAGCGACCAUGAUCCUGGCUCAGAUGCCCACCUACCAACAUGA